AUGGAGAGAGAAAAAAUACAUUGGCGAGAUGUUCUUAAACGAAAUGUAUCUGUAAUUCACUACUUAUCAAAAAAUAAUUAUGCUUUUAGAGGGCAAUCAGAUGUGUUAUUUACAAAAAACAAUGGUAAUUUUUUAGGAGCAAUUGAAAUGCUAAGCAAUUUUGAUCCAGUAAUUAUAGAACAUGUUAGACGAAUAAAAAAUACUGAAACACAUGUACAUUAUUUGGGUCAUGAAAUACAGAAUGAAUUUAUUAAUUUAAUGUCUAAUAUUAUCCGAAAUAAAAUUAUUAAUUAUAUAAAAGAAGCUAAAUAUUAUACAGUUAUUAUGGACUGCACACCUGAUAUUAGCCACAACGAACAAUUGUCACUCAUGAUUUAUGUAGUAAAUAUGUAUGAUGGUCAAGUAAAAUGUCCAGACAUUAAAGAGUACUUUUUAGAUUUUAUACCAGUUUCCUCAACAACAGGACUAAGUCUGGCUAAUAUUCUUUUGGAUAAUCUGAAAAAGUAUGGUAUUAAUAUCAAGGAUUGUAGGGGCCAAACCUACGAUAACGGCUCCAAUAUUGUUGGGAAAUAUCAAGGAGUACAAACUAGGAUUAAUAAUCUAAAUCCUAGAGCAUUUUUCACACCUUGUGCUUCACAUAACUUAAAUUUGGUUCUUAGAGAUUCGGUGAAAAAUUCAGUUCAGGCUUCAACAUUUUUUGGAACAAUUCAGCGUUUCUAUACAAUAUUUGCAGCGUCCACAAGCCGAUGGGAUAUUCUUCAAAAGCAUUGUGAAUUUUCGACUGUGAAAAAGUGGUCAGAAACUAGGUGGGAGAGUCGAGUAAAUAGUGUAAAAGCCCUUCGUUAUCAGCUAAAAAUAUAA